GCCAAGCCCACCUUCGGGUAGUGUCACGUUCGCACAGCUGUCCAAUCAGGGAGCGGGUCCGUCGCCGAGUCGGGUCCGUUCUGGAAGCUGCGAGCCUGCCUGGCGGCGCCAUGGAGACCAUCCUGGAGCAGCAGCGGCGCUACCACGAGGAGAAGGAACGGCUGAUGGAUGUGAUGGUGAAGGAGAUGAUGGUGAAGAAAUCCACGCUUCGUGACCAAAUCAACUCUGAUCAUCGGGCCAGAGCAGUGCUUGAUAGAUACAUGGAAGUGGCUGGAAACUUAAGAGACCUGUAUGAAGAUAAAGACAGUAUGAGAAAGGAUGAGUUAAAUGCUAUUUCAGGACCCAAUGAGUUUGGAGAAUUCUACAAUCGGCUGAAAAUGAUCAAAGAAUUCCACAGAAAACACCCAAAUGAGAUAAGUAUUCCAAUGUCAGUAGAGUUUGAGGAAUUAAUGAAGACUCGGGAUAAUCCAAGUGAAGAAGCACAGAAUCUAGUCGAGUUCACAGAUGAGGAAGGAUAUGGACGUUAUCUUGACCUUCAUGACUGUUACCUCAAAUACAUUAACCUGAAAGGCUCAGAGAAAUGUGAUUAUAUUACCUACCUAAUUACAUUUGAUCAACUUUUUGACAUUCCAAAAGAGAAGAAAAAUGCAGAAUAUAAGCGGUAUCUGGAAAUGUUGCUGGAUUAUCUCCAGGAUUAUGCAGACCGAGUGAAGCCUUUACUGGAUCAGAAUGAGCUGUUUGGAAAAAUACAAAUUGACUUUGAGAAGAAAUGGGAAAAUGGCACUUUUCCUGGCUGGCCAAAAGAGACGAGCAGUGCCUUGACUCAUGCAGGAGCUCACUUAGAUUUGUCAGCUUUUUCAUCUUGGGAAGAAUUGGCUUCCCUUGGGUUGGACAGAUUGAAAUCUGCUUUGAUGGCUUUAGGUCUGAAAUGUGGAGGAACCUUAGAAGAGAGAGCUCAGCGAUUAUUCAGCACCAAAGGGAAAUCUUUGGAGGCACUAGAUCCCUCGCUAUUUGCAAAAUCUAAAUCCAAAGGCACUAAAAAAGAUUCAGAACGCAACAAAGAAAUUGCUUUCCUUGAAGCUCAAGUCUAUGAAUACAUAGAGAUUCUCGGGGAACAGAGACAGCUCACCAGAGAAAAUGUACAACGUAAACAAGCUCGGACUGGAGAGGAGCGGGAGGAGGAAGAAGAGGAGCACAUCAGUGAAAGUGAGAGUGAAGAUGAGGAAAAUGAAAUCAUCUACAAUCCAAAGAACCUGCCAUUGGGUUGGGACGGGAAGCCCAUUCCAUACUGGUUAUAUAAGCUGCAUGGUUUGAACAUCAAUUACAACUGUGAAAUCUGUGGAAAUUACACUUACAGAGGACCCAAAGCAUUCCAACGCCACUUUGCUGAAUGGCGUCAUGCUCAUGGCAUGAGGUGUCUUGGAAUCCCCAACACAGCGCAUUUUGCAAAUGUUACCCAAAUUGAGGAUGCUGUAUCCUUGUGGGCAAAACUCAAGCAUUCGAAAGCAGCAGAGAGAUGGCAGCCAGACACGGAGGAAGAAUAUGAAGAUUCAAGUGGAAAUGUAGUUAACAAGAAGACCUACGAAGAUUUGAAACGACAAGGCUUACUCUAAACCAAUGAAAUACUGCUUCUUCCAGACUUCCUUUUCAUGUUCACAUUGAUAGCCAUUUGUUAAAAGUGCUUGCUUAGUUUAGUUUCUUUCUCCCAUUCCUAUUAGUUCAAAAACCAGAUCCUAUAUUCCCCAAAGUCCAUACCUAAAUUCAAAAGAAGGUGAAGAGAACUGGAUGUUUGCAAAUUUGCAUAAUUUUGUUUCUGAUAAAAUAAUUGUUAGUUUUCCAAAACUCAAUAUAAUAUUUUACAAAAUUCUGCUUUGUAUCUUUAACAAAAAAAUAUAAGCAUAACAGGUAACUUUCUGUCAGGACCAUUGAGUGUAUUUUAUGUUAGUGGAUGUAAAACAUUUACAGAUAGACUUCAGUUUGUCAGAGGAGAAUGUAAUUUAUAGUAAACAAUGCUCUUUCAUUAAAGCAAUUGAUCUUUGCUUUGUAGUUUUUUUCUCCCUAGUUCUGACAUCCUUUCACAAUUUAAUAAAGCAAAUUGUGUUUUU